CUUUGAAAGAUAAGACGACUGUGUUCCCCCAAGAUGCGACAUCGUCUAGUAGAAAGAUUACUACUGUUUUUUUCCUUUGAGGAAAGCUGGAAUAACUCCAUGAACGACUAGUCUGACAAGGCAUAACAACUCUGAAGUUUGAGACAGCAUACAAUGCGGAUUCUAACUUAGCUCAGAGGAAAACACCUUUCCUUUACAAGAAAGAGGCAAGAAACACCAGCUGACUACUGUUGCAAAUAGCUGCCUUUAAAGAGAAGGCAACAUGGCAACUUCAGAUGCUGAUAACUUUUAUUACAACUUCUCCAUCAUUGAUCCCAAUGAAAACAGAAGUGAGACUUUUCACACAUUUAUAAAAGUCUUCCUGCCCUGUAUAUACUCGGUUGUUUUCAUCCUUGGGCUAGCAGGAAACGCGCUGGUCUUUGUCAUACUAGUUUUCUAUGAGAAACUGAAGACACUGACAGAUAUAUUUUUGGUGAACUUGGCAAUAGCUGAUUGGGUCUUCCUUUGGACGCUGCCGUUCUGGGCGUAUUCUGCUGGUCAGGAGUGGAUUUUUGGCACUGUGGCAUGUCGUACUAUACGGGGCUUGUAUGUUCUGAACUUGUACACUUCAAUGCUAACUCUAACAUCCAUUACUUUUGACCGGCUUAUUGCUAUUACUUUUGCCACCAAAGCACAUAUGUGUCAAACCAAACGAAUGACAUGGGGCAAAUUAAUCUGUGUCUUGAUCUGGGUGAUCUCACUAGCAUUUGCCGCACCGCAGUUUAUUUUUAGUAAGGUGUUUAGUAUUGAUAAGUCAGUAUGUCAGGAAGAAUACCCAAACCAUGGCACAGAACUAGCUCUUGAAGUGAUCCAAGUGACCCUUGGCUAUUUUAUUCCCAUGCUAGCCAUGAUCAUCUGUUACUCACUAAUUAUUAGAACCUUACUGCAUGCCAGGAGUUUUCAAAAGAACAAAUCUCUAAAAAAAAUAUUUUCUGUAGUUGCAAUAUUUAUUCUUACUCAGUCACCCUAUACUUUCUUGAGACUGAUAAAGAUCAUAGACUGGAGAUUUAAUUUGAACAGCAGCUUUGAAUAUGCAAUCAUCAUAACAGAAGCUCUUGCUUAUUUCCAUGGCUGUCUUAACCCUGUUCUGUAUUUCUUCAUGGGGGUAAAAUUCAGGAGGAACUUACAGAAAAUUAUUAAAAACUCAAGAUGCAUCAAACGGCAAGUUAAGGCUAAACAGUGGCAAACCACUGAAGAAGAAGGCUCUAAGACUUUUACUGCCUCAAAUAAUGCAGAUGCAACAAGCAUGUACCCACUAUAAAAC